AUGGUAAUAAAACGCAAACGCCCAUCCAACUCCCAAACUACUCCGUCAUCGACAAAUCAAUCGACGGAUGGAAAUGACGACGUUCUGAAAUCAGACAAACGGGGACGACGAAAGAAGAAUGAUGGCGAAUACGAGAGUGGGAGCAAGAGUACAAGAGGAAGCGGCAAUGGAAAUACAAAACGAAAAAGUGAUUCAAUCAAAUUGAAAUUUAAGGUGUACAAACCUGAAGAACACGAAUACAUUGACUCGCCAGACUAUGCCGGGGAGGAAGACGAGUCUGUAAUAUCCGAGUCGUUAGAUCCAGCAGAUCCAAGUGAUCCUGACUAUUACCGAACACGGAAAGGACAAAGUCAAUCUCGAGAAGCAAGUCAUACAACCUCUGCCAAAAACAACCCAACUUCUAAGAAAUGGAAACCAAGGCGUUGGCAAGUGAGAAAAGUCGAACUACCAACCACAGGUGGCGGCUUUGUCGUCCCAUUGUGGUGUAUGGGAGGUCAGUUCGGGAGUAAAGUUGGAACCCGUAACGAUGACGUUGAUUAUUUCGCGAUUAAAGCAAGUAUUCGGUGUAGAUUACGAUUCUCUUCCGGAAUUCGAAAACUAGUACUUUCGACCAAGUGA